AUGGGAGUGAGCACUUCUGUAGAACAUUCUACGGAUAAACAAUCUGAAAAAUAUGGAAUAUCCGUCAACGAUGACGAUGUAGAAGUUUUAACAGGAAUUUCAUCCUAUGAUCUUCUUUGUUUGGGUGUUGGUAAAGGUGCUACUGCAGUCUAUUCAAAUCAAGCGAGUAGUUCAUUUGCUCUUCUACGUCGAUCAACAAACGAAUGUAUUCUUUUCAUUGAUAUUGGUCUUGGUUCAAUAUUUGCACUUCAAAAAUAUUUAAAAAAUCCUAAUAUUAAACCUCAACAAAUAUUCGUUUCUCAUAAUCAUACAGAUCAUAGUGGAGAAUUA